GGGCGGAAGUGAGGCAGGGCGGAAGUGAGGCAGGGCGGCAGCGGUGAGAGGUUGCCGGAAGUGCUCGGGCCUCCUUUUCCGGCCUAGGCGCCAUCACCGCGGAGCCUCGAGAUGGGGAAGUUCAUGAAGCCGGGGAAGGUGGUGCUGGUGCUGGCCGGCCGCUACUCGGGUCGCAAGGCCGUCAUCGUAAAGAACAUCGACGACGGCACCUCGGACCGGCCGUACAGCCACGCUUUGGUGGCCGGUAUCGACCGCUACCCGCGGAAGGUGACGGCGGCAAUGGGCAAGAAGAAAAUCGCCAAGAGGUCCAAAAUUAAGUCCUUUGUGAAGGUUUACAACUACAACCAUCUGAUGCCCACCCGGUAUUCUGUCGAUAUUCCCCUGGACAAAACCGUGGUCAAUAAGGAUGUGUUCAGGGACCCUGCGCUGAAACGCAAAGCGAGGCGUGAAGCCAAGGUCAAAUUUGAGGAGAGGUACAAGACAGGCAAGAAUAAAUGGUUCUUCCAGAAGCUGCGAUUCUAAAGCUCGUGAGGCUGUGUCAAUAAAUGUAUAUUAAAACUCA